AUGUCUCUCACUCACUUGUCUUCAGAACAGUUUGCUAAUUGCCUCUUGUGGUGUACUAGGGAACGCCUACUGGAUCCAGAGCUCCUCCUCUUGCCUGAAAAGGAUAUCAAGAAAAAUGUCAAAGCCAUUGAAAAAGUGGCGGCUAAACUCGGGAAGGAAGCCGAGGGAGUUGAAAAUUUACCGUCAGGCGAGGAAAACAGUGAUGAACACCGCUUGAAGUUGCUCAUUUGGAACUCCAAACAGGGAUUGUUCAUCCAAGCAGUCCAACUACGUUCAGAAUGCCAGCCACUCUUGGAUACCAAGAGAAUUGGUACACGUGUGGGAACUGAACUGAAGGAAAAAAUUCUCAAAGCCAUUCGGAAUCGCCAGCCAGCCAUCAAGAAGAUGCUUGAUAAGUUUAACAAACUUUUUCAAGAAUUUUCAGGUCAAUUCCCGGAUCUACCAGAAGCCAACUCGGCUCAUCACCCUGUUGAAUACGAGGAAUCCUCAAAAUGGCCCCUCGAUCAUGAGUUUUGGAACGAUGGUCUCUACUUUCAGUCAAAAGCACCCUGGGCGAUUGAGCCGGAUGUCCGAACUGGUAUAAACUGUGUACUCAUCCUGAGCAGGGUUCAGGAAGAGUUUCAGCUCAUUGCCCAAGAGCUUGCAAGGGCAGUAGGAUGGGCGGUCAACUGUUAUAAUCAGUGCAAAAAGGCAAUACAAGUACUGAACCAACGGAUCGACCUCCUAGCACAGACGCCAGAUGAAAUUGAGUUAGAUCAUUUUGACAAAAUCAAUGUCUACGGAUUGGCUCGGAGGGCAAAGCUGAGAUUAAUCCGCAAAGAAAUUCGACAUCGAUGCAUCAUUCACACGGCCUUAUGCAAAGAAUGGGAUCAUCAUGUUACGUGGCUAGCCAAGCACUGCCAGCCAGCUUCCUAUGGUGCAAUCAUGCUACACGAUUGGCAAAAGAUGAAGGAAGAGAUGGAAUUUGAGAAAGAGGGUGGGAUGGCGGAUAGGGCUGAGGUUGAUGGAGCGUUGGAGGAGGCCGUACUUGACAUGGCUCUUGACAAUGGGGAGGAUGUGGAUGAUGAUGAGAUCUCUGGUUCGGAAGAUGGUGAUGUGGACUCAGAUGUGGAACAGAAUUUCACAAAUGAUGGGGUUGAUGUAGAUAAUUCACAGAGGGCUCAGGGAGAUGAUGAUGGCGAGGUGGUGGUGGAAGCGGCCCAUGAAGCCAUGGAUAGGGUUGUUUCCAAUUGA